AUGUCGGAUUUAGAGACUAUAUCACAUUAUUUGGCUCAAUCUGUUGUUGCUGCUACUGCUAGGUCUUCCGAGCAUAGUUUAAAGGCGUUGGAGAAUCAAGACGGCUUUGCUUUAAUGCUUCUUCAUAUUGUCGCAUCAACUAAUCUGCCAGCUUCUACUAGAUUGGCAGGAGCUUUGUUCUUCAAGAACUUCAUAAAGCGCAAAUGGGUUAACGAGAAUGGUGACCAUAUACUUUCGGAAAACGAUGUUGAAUUGGUCAAGAAGGAGAUUCUUCCAUUGAUGAUUAAGUUGCCUGGUAAUUUACAGGCGCAAGUUGGGGAAUCUAUUUCCAUUAUAGCAGACUCUGAUUUCCCUGAUAAAUGGACAAACCUACUUGAAGAGUUUGUGAACCAGCUUUCUCUUGAUGAUAUGGUAACCAACAAAGGAGUUCUUACCGUUGCCCACUCUAUUUUUAAGAGGUGGAGGCCAUUAUUUCGGUCCGAUGAGCUGUUCCUGGAGAUUAAAAUGGUGCUAGACAAGUUUGCAGGGCCAUACAUGCAACUUUUGAAGACUGUUGAUGAAAAUAUUACGGCGAAUGAAAAUAACGAGGCCAAAUUGAACAUCUUGUUUGAUGUGCUACUUGUGUUGGUCAAACUAUGCUACGAUUUGAAUUGUCAGGAUAUCCCUGAAUUUUUUGAGGACAACAUGCAAACUUGCAUGUCUAUAAUGCAUAAAUACUUGGCUUAUCAUAAUCCGCUCUUAGAAAACGCGAAUGAAGAUGAUGAGGCGAGUUCUUUGGUGAAGGUAAAAUCAUCUAUUGCUGAGUUGGUUCAGUUGUAUACUUCUCGUUAUGAAGAUGUCUUUGGUCCGAUGGUUGGUCAAUUUAUUGAAACAACAUGGAACUUGUUAGUUUCCUUGACUCCUCAGGCAAAAUACGAUAUUUUGGUUUCUAAAUGUUUAUCGUUUAUGACAGCAGUUGCUCGAAUUCCAAGAUAUUUUGAUCUGUUUAACAAUGAAUCAGCGAUGAAUAAUAUUACGGAGCAAAUAAUUUUGCCAAACGUGACUUUGCGCGAUUCAGAUAAUGAAUUAUUUGAGGAUGACCCAAUCGAAUAUAUUAGAAGAGACUUAGAAGGUUCCGAUUCAGAUACCCGAAGAAGGGCAUGCACAGACUUUCUCAAGGAAUUAAAGGAGAAGAAUGAAUCUUUAUCAACUAAUGUCGUGUUAUCUCACAUUAAUAAUUUUUUUGAGAAAUAUCGAGCUGAUCCAAGUGUUAAUUGGAAAUACAAGGACCUUUCUGUCUAUCUUUACACAGCCUUGGCUAUUAACGGGAAUGUUACUAGUUCAGGUGUCGGUUCCACAAAUAUUAUGCUAGACGUUGUUCAAUUUUUUACCAAGGAAAUUAUUCCAGAUUUGACAGGUCCAGUGCCACAUCCUAUUCUUAGGGUCGAUGCUAUAAAAUAUAUUUAUACUUUUAGAAAUCAGUUAACCAAGAAUCAAUUGAUGGAAAUUCUCCCCGUUAUGGCCAGUUUUCUACAAGAUGAAAAUUAUGUUGUUUAUUCAUAUGCUGCUGUAACAAUUGAAAGAAUUUUAUCAAUUAGGGAAUCUAAUACUUCGCCAAAAUUCAUAUUUACUAAGGAUGACUUGAAUAAUAGUUCACAAUUACUAUUGGAUAACCUAUUUUCUUUGAUCAUGAAACAAAAUUCUACACCUGAAAAAUUGGCUGAAAAUGAAUUUUUGAUGAAAGCAGUACACCGAAUCCUUUUAACAUCUGAAGAUUCAAUAAAACCCUAUGCUGCCAAUAUCCUAAAGCAGUUAAUUGAGAUUAUAACCAUAAUCGCUAAAAACCCAUCAAAUCCACGGUUUACACAUUAUACAUUUGAAUCGCUUUCUGUAGUGAUUAAGUUUAAUCAUGACAACUUGGCCUCGAUAAUCGAAGCAAUUAUGCCUAUUUUUUUGAAUAUAUUAGCGGAUGAUAUUCAGGAGUUUAUGCCUUAUGUGUUCCAAAUAAUUGCUUAUUGUGUAGAACAACUACCUUCCAAUAUGGGCAUUCCGGAAGCUAUUGCGCAAUUAUACCAACCUUUGCUGUCACCUACGGUUUGGGAUCUCAAAGGUUGUGUACCAGCUGUGACAAGAUUACUGAAGGACAUUAUAAAGCAUGAUCCAUCAGCUUACCCUAAUUUGAUCCCAGUAUUAGGUAUUUUUCAAAGACUUAUCGCCUCCAAGGCGUACGAUACACAUGGGUUUGAACUACUAGAGUAUAUUAUAACUUACAUCCCGCUUUCCAAGUUACAGGAUUACCUGAAGCAAAUUGCCGUUUUAUUGCUUCAGCGACUACAGGGAUCCAGAACUGAAAAAUAUGUCAAAAAAUUUAUUGUGUUCUUAGGUGUACUGUCCAACAAAUUUGAUUCAGACUUUGUAGUACGCUUUAUUGACGAAGUUCAACCAGAGCUUUUCAAACAGGUAUGGACAAACUUCGUAAUUGUUACACUUCCUAACAUCGGAAACUUAUUGGACCGUAAAAUUGCAUUCAUUGGUGCAUUGAACACUGUCACUGCCGAAAAUAUUUAUACUGGUAGCUACUCGAUGCUCCUUGUCCCAACUUUGGAUGUUAUACUAAAAACAACCGUUUCUGAGAGCCUUGUGGACUCCAAAACGGACUAUAUCGACAUGGAUGCAUCAGAAGAGAUCACCACAUUCGGCUCCAGCUUCAGCAGAUUGAUAACCAUUGCAGAAAAACCUUACGACCCACUACCUCAAGUUGACGUUAUCCAGGGAGUUAAGAUGUACCUCAAAAAUGCAUUCAGCAAACUACAUCCUGUUCUUCUCAAUCAGGUCACACAAGGACUGUCUGAAGAAGGCAGAAGAGCUUUGUCUUCCUUGAGUACGUAA